GGGGGGGGCUCCGCCGACAGCCGCCGUGGCUGGCGAGCCCGAGUCCAGCCGCGGCCUCUCGCCGGGCCCGGUCCCUCUGUGCGGGAUGUACGGACCCGCGGCGGCCGCCGGGCCCCAUGGAGAAGCCGCCGCCUUCGCCGCGCCCGCCCGUGAGCAUGGCCUGGCCGGGCAGCCCGCACCCCGGCGCCCCCUCCGCGGCCGCCUCUCCUGGCGGGACUUCCUCCUCCUCCACCGCGACGGCGGCCGCGCUCUCCUUCAGCACCGUGGCCUCCGCAGCGGCCGCGGUGCUGGGGAACCAGAGCGCGGGAACUGGGGGCGACAGCGCUGGCGCCUCGCCGGGGGGCAGGCCCGGGACACCGGCGGCGGCGGCGGAGAGGCCACUGCCAGGCCCCGGGGCGGCGCCGCUGCUGUCGCACGGGGCGGCGGUGGCGGCCCAGGCGCUGUUCCUCCUCCUCAUCUUCCUGCUGUCUAGUGUGGGCAACGGCGCGGUGCUGGGGGCGAUCGUGAAGCACCGGCAGCUCCGCACCGUCACCAACGCCUUCAUCUUGUCCCUCUCCCUGUCGGAUCUGCUCACGGCGCUGCUCUGCUUGCCCGCCGCCUUCCUGGACCUCUUCACGCGCCCCGGGGGCUCGGCGGCAGCCCGCGCCGCCGCCGCCGCCGCCCCCGCGGGGCCCUGGCGCGGCUUCUGCGCCGCCUGCCGCUUCUGCAGCUCGUGCUUCGGCAUCGUGUCCACGCUCAGCGUGGCGCUCAUCGCGCUAGACCGCUACUGCGCCAUCGUGCGGCCGCCGCGGGACAAGCUGGGCCGCCGCCGCGCGCUGCAGCUGCUGGCUGGCGCCUGGCUGGCGGCGCUGGGCUUCUCGCUGCCCUGGGAGCGGCUGCGCGCGCCCCGCGAGCAGCCGCCGGCGGCGCAGAGCUUCCACGGCUGCCUGUACCGGACCUCCCCGGACCCCGCGCAGCUGGGCGCCGCUUACAGCGUGGCGCUGGUGGUGGCCUGCUACCUGCUGCCCUUCCUGCUCAUGUGCUUCUGCCACUACCGCAUCGCCAGGACCGUGCGCCUGGCGACCGUGCGCGUGCGGCCCGUGCCCACCUACGCGCGCGUGCUGCGCUUCUUCGGCGAGGUGCGCACCGCCACCACCGUGAUGCUCCUGAUUGUCUUCGUCAUCGGCUGCUGGGGGCCCUCCUGUUUCUUGGUGUUGCUGGCCGCCGCCCGCCGCGCUCCCUCCACGCGGCCCCCCUCGCUCCUCAACGUGGUGGCGGUCUGGCUGACCUGGGCCAAUGGGGCCAUCAACCCUGUCAUCUAUGUCAUCCGCAACCCCAACAUUUCCGUGCUGCUAAGGCGCGGCCGGGAGGAGGGCUACCGGACUCGAAAUGUGGACGCCUUUCUGCCCACCCGGGGCGCCGGGCCAACAGCCAGAAGCCGCAAUCGCCUUAGAAACCGCUAUGCCAACAGGCUGGGGGUUUGCAGCAGGGUGCCCUCUUCCAACGGGGGCGGCGGGGCGGGAGGGGACGUGGCCCUGUGGGCUCGCAAAAACCCAGUGGUACUUUUCUACCGGGAGGGGCCACCAGAGCCUGUGACGGCGGUGGCCACUCCGCCUAAAUCUGAAGCCGGGGAUACCAGCCUCUAAGAAGGGUUAGGAUGUACAGCUUGUAAAAAGCAACAUCUCACCCUCUUUGUUUAAUGAGCCAGGAUUCCCGGGAGAAUCGUCCGUGCAUUUCAUAAAGCCAAACAUAUUAAAAGAGAUAGAGAGAGAGAGAUAGAAAGAGAGAGAGAGAGAGGCAGAGACAGAGACAGAGACAGGGGAAGGCUUACCGCUUUCCCCAAACAACAGACGAACAAGACAAAGACCCCUUCUUCAAAAAUGUCAAAAGGAAUGUAAAAUGCAAAAAUUAAAGCAAUCUUAAACCACACAAGCAGCAUUGUGAACUUCAUGUACCCCCAAUAUAACAAUGAAAUUCACAAUUACUGAAAAGCUCAUUAUAGGACUCAUAUUGUAGAAAACAAACCAUCAAAUGCAACGAAUAUUUCUUUAAGAAUGUAGAGUUUUCAGGGAAGCAUGGAGACAAGAAUUGCUUGGGGGUUCUGGGACAUCACCAGCAUUCAGCAAAGUAUAACGUUUCCAGAAUUUGACCUUCUGACACGUGCCUUGGGUGCUUAGGUUGGGAGCAGAAAAUUUUGACCUCUCCUCCCUCUAAUAAUCUAUUUUGGAAAAUUGAAAAUUCACUUCCCAUUUUAAAACCAUUUUGCAGCUUGAAAGGAUAGCUUAUUACUAGGUGAAACCCAAUCCUCUGAAGUACAAAUAAAAAUAUAAUGUCACUGCUUUAAAAAAAAUUCCCUGGUCAAAGUGACAGUACAGUGGGUAGGGCACUUGCCCUGCACAUGAUGGCUCUGGUUCAAUCCCCAGCCCUGAGCAAUGUCUGGUGUGACUCCAAAACAAAAACAAUAUAAAAAAAUUUAAUUCCCAAAUUAUUUUGAAAAAUUAAUGUCACUCAUCCUAUUAUUUAAAUAUUCAAAUUCUGGGCCUUAUUCUACUCUCAGAAUUACCUGUCUUAAGGAAUUUGGAGACUUUAUCCUUAAACUAACCUGUCACUUUUUUUUUUCUAAUUUGGGGGAUGCUGCUUUCCAAUAAACUUUUUAUGACAAAUUUUUUUCUUUUAGCUAAAUUUGAUGUUUCAAUACAGUCAAAUGUAAUUUGAUGUUAUAUUGAAUCAGCCAUAUGACACUACAUACAUAUGCACAUAUACAAUUAUAUAUGUGGAUAUAUACAAUGAGAGUUCACUGGAUAGCCAAUGUGAUUUUUAAGAGAAAGCAAUUCAAAAGAGGUAUCCUAAGAAUAUUUUUGAGAAAUGGCUGCAUUCUUUAUAGAGCUUUUAAAGAUAUUAGUCUAUGAAAAUUAUGUGCAUCUGUUUUUCAAAUAAACUGGAGAGCUAGGCCAGGAGUUAAUACACCUGCUUUGCUUGUGACUAUCAGAGUUGCAGCAUUCAUAGCCCCAGUUCAAAUCCUGAAUACCCCAUGUAGUCCCCAAGCAAUGCAUAUCCCCUGGGUACUACUGCACAUGGUCCAAACUCUGGCCUGAAAUGAUCACUGGUUUACAGACAUGACUUAUCUAAAAUAAUGUAGUCUUUAUUAGAGAGGUGGGAUAGACAGGGAAUUAUUCUCUCCAGUAAGAUAUUAGUAAUUUAGGCAUAAAAUAAGAGAGGUACUUUAGUUAAGUAGAAAUAUCUUCAGAAAUAUGCAAAAGAAAAAUGCUUUUUAAAAUUUUAAAAGCACAGCUUAGGAUUUGUGUGUGAAAUUUCUCACAUUAAACCUCAAUGUCCAUGGAAUCAUUUGCUCAGAACUUUAAAAGAAAGUUUUGUGUAUUCUCCAUUUUAUCCUUCUUACAUCUCGAUUCUCUUUUCUCCAAUAUUUUAUAGCUUGAACAGUUUCUUUUAACUAGAUAUGAAGUGACAUCAUUUCUAGCAAAUUUCAGUAUGAAAUAGCUGUCUUAUUCCCCUGUAAAGUAUAUAGUUAUUGGUAUUUUUGUAGAAAUUAUGAGAGUAAAUCAUUAUUUUAUAAUUAAAGAUGGAAAUAUAUUGUUAAUUGCAGAGCUAAAGAUAUUUAAUGUUUUAUCAUAAUCAGGUUUAUAAAUUAUAAUUUUAUUAAUGUAGUACAAGUAUAUUGAGGUGGACCUAUACUACAGUGGUAGGGUGGCCGACCUAUGUUCGGUUUCUCUGUCCCUCUCGGAGAGCCCAGCAAGUUACUGAAAGUAUUGCGCCCGCAAGGCAGAGACUGACAAGCUACCAAUGACGUAUUGGAUAUGCCAAAAACAGUAACAAUAAGUCUCAAUGAGAGACAUUACUGGUGCCCACUCGAUCAAAUCAAUGAGCAACUGGAUGACAGUGACAGUAUAUUAUACAUUUCCUUUUUGCAGUAAUUAUAAAAACCUACAGAGUUGCAAUUGAACUAAUACUUUAUAUACUAUCUACCAAAUUUGCCUGUAAAAGGCAGAAGAGUUGUGUAUUUUUGGCAUUGAGAUAAAAUGGAACUCGUUUCUGAAUUGAGAUUUGAGACUGAGAUUGAGAUUCCAAGCAUGAGAAGUAUUAUCAGAUGGGAAUCCAGGGGAAUAUGAGUAAAGGGCAGAAGAGUUAAAGAAGUUUAGGGGAAGGAAGCAAGCAUGGUGGAAAAUAGGAUAUUGCCUAAAAAAGAUGGAAUAAAAAGAUAUAAAAGUAAUAAUGAAUCCAAAUAAACGUACCUUGUAAAUGAAGGAAAAAUAAGAGGGAUUGGAAAUGACUAAGAGAUGGCAUAAAGGACUUUAGGUAGAAAAGGAAUUCCAUCCCAAAUCCUCACUGGGAUAAAGUUUUAAGAAAGGAUGGCUUGUCAAAGAAAUCAUUCAUUCUUUUUGUGGCUCCAUGAGUCAUGGUUAACAGGAAUGGAGGGAGCAGAAAGUUGCUGAUAAAUACUGCUGCUGCAUGGUGCCUGUUUUGUUUUCUGUUCUUGUUUAUGUCUUUUAAAACUCAAAUAACUGAUCAGUAGAACUAGUAUUUGAGAUGUCUUCUGGUUAUAGACCCACAUUCCCUUUUCUGUCACAGAAACGUCAACAGAUAGAGACAAAUUAUAACACCAUAAUUACCACCACCACUACCAUCAUCACUAUCAUCAACACCACCACCAUCACCCUCAAAACCACUACCACUAUCACAAUGACCAUCACCACCACCACCACCAUAAUUAAAACCACCCACCACCAUUACCCCAACCAUCAUCAAUAUCAGAAUCACCACCAUCAAAACCAUCACAAUCAUCACCAUGACCACCGUCACUACCACUACCACUGUCACCACUGCUGUCAUUAAGACCAUCACCAUUAAAACCACCACCACUUCUACCACCACCAUCACCAUCGCUACCACCGCUGCCACAACUACCAUGAACUCCAUCAUUAUAAUCACCAUCACCACCCUCACUAACACUUCCACCAUCACCAGCAAAACCACAUCAACUACCACCAACACCAUCAUAACCACCAUCUUCCAUUUUUCUACUUUAUAGAGGGAAACUUCCUGGGUUCUAAGACCACUAAAAGUAGAAAUCAUAGUACAUGCCCCAAAAGGACCUACAGUCCAAUUAAGCACCUUGUGCAUUAUAAAAAUGAAAAAUAGAAUCAGGACUUGAAUUUAACUGGAAGAAAUGGUAAAGCAUUUUCAGAAGUGGACAUCAAAGGAGAUGGGUUUGGGUAAAAUGCUUUGCCAAUAAGGGACAGCAAGCAAGCUGGUCCAGACAUAAAUGAAGAGAGACAAAAUGGAAAGCUUUGAAUUAACAGAUGGAGUGGGGGAGGGGGAAUCUCUCAUAUUUAAUACUUAGAUCUUAACUUAAAUACAUGAUUAUGAAUUUGUGGGGCAAAGUGGGUAAGAAGUCAUGAAAAUACUGGGAUGUGUUACUAUUACAUAAUUAAAAACUACUGUGUACUCCUUCACCCAUCAUUUUACUCACAUCUGAGUAUUUAAUUUGAAUAAAAUAAUAGUAACAAGCCGGGGCUGGAGCAAUAGCACAGCGAGUAGGG